CAUUGAUUUGUCAUGCGUUCUCCAAUUAAACGAAGAUCAUGUUACCUUCGCUUGCUUGCAAACAACUCAAAUUUUGACUCGUCAGUAAUCAAAACAAUUUACCACUGUUCUAAAGACCAGUUAACAUGUUUUUUAGCCCAUUGCAUUCGUUUUCGUUGAACACUGUUUUACUUUUUCAAAAGAGGUUUUAUUGCAGCUAAACGAUCUUUUAAACCAUUGUCACGAAGUCGACGAUGUGCAGUAGUUACUGACACAGUUUUCUGUCUAGUAACAUUCAAUUCCUAACCGUUGUUGUAGUUGUUGUUGAAGUUAAUUUACGUCCCACUAUAGCUGCACGAUGGACUAUUCAAUUCCUAACGGGUUUCAUGUGCUGCUCGAGACCGCUGCUGCUUACUUUGAAUGCAGAUAAACUUAUCGUCACGUUUGGAUGUUAUUUCAGGUCUCCCGGAUCGUUGAAAGCUCUUAUUUUGGAAAUGAAAGUGAAUUGGACCUCAUCUCCUGGAAGUACUCCAAAACAGGACACAAGUAAACAUUAUCAUAUAUUUGUGGGUGAUCUUAGUCCAGAAAUCGAAACGCAACAACUUAGAGAAGCCUUCUCACCUUUUGGAGAGAUUUCAGACUGCCGUGUAGUGCGGGAUCCACAAACGCUUAAAUCUAAAGGAUAUGGUUUCGUUUCAUUCGUCAAAAAGGCGGAUGCUGAAAAUGCAAUAGGUACUAUGAAUGGUCAAUGGAUUGGAAGUCGAGCGAUUCGUACCAAUUGGGCGACACGGAAACCACCUGCCAACCGUUCACAAAACGAAAAUAAUGCCAAACCCUUAACCUUCGAUGAAGUUUAUAAUCAGUCCAGCCCUACUAACUGUACAGUGUAUUGCGGGGGAAUCACCCAAGGUUUAUCAGAAGAACUGAUGCAAAAGACAUUUACGCCGUUCGGCUCCAUUCAAGAAAUCAGGGUAUUCAAAGAUAAAGGCUAUGCUUUUGUUAGAUUCGCAACUAAAGAAGCAGCCACACAUGCCAUUGUGGCUACUCAUAACAUGGAAGUGAAUGGUCAAACAGUGAAAUGUUCGUGGGGUAAAGAAGCCGGUGAUCCCAAUAAUCAGCAGCAGCAACAGGUGGGCUUAAGUCUCAAGCAAGAAAUUUUGGCUGUAGAAGCGGCUGAAAACAAAGGUUUCCUGGCUAUGCUAUCUCAGAACUUAGCUGCUCAGUACACCUUCCCCUACCAACAAAUGAGCUAUUGGUACCCACAAGGAUUUCCCCAAGUACAAGGGCAGUUCAUUCAAGGAAUGCAGUACCCUUACGGACAGUACUACGGGCAAGGAUUUGGCAUGAGUGGUAUGCAGAUGGCUUGGCAAGGCAUUCCUGGUCAACCUCAAAUAGCUGCAGCCGCAGCAGCCGCUGCAGCUGCUCAGAGUCCCCUCGCGCAAGGAUUACAGCAGCCUGGAAUGAUUGGUGCCUAUCCCAUGCAACAAUAUCAGGCUCAGUAGUAUUCCAACAUGUACUGUUAUGUUUGUGAUGUCCCUUAUAGUCACCCUUCCCCCCCCCUUGUACUAAAUGAAGCCAAGAGCCCUCCACCGCAGACGCUGUUUUUGUUUUUAAAAGAGUUUAUGGAGUGGAACUUUUUUAAAGAAGAAAUAGUCUGAAAGAUGAAGGCUUGUUAUUCAUAAAUAGAACCUUCGAGAAUACAACCACCAUGAUAUGCAUCGUAAAAUACUGUUAAGCUGAGAUUUCUUUUACGGAAUGUUUUUUUUUUUCAUCAUUUUGGGGUAUCUUUUCUUUCUUAUUUAAAGAAGUCUUUAUAGAUAUGAAGCAUCAUAUUUUUCAUAAUGAAUUUUAUCUAAUUGAAUACCAAUGCUCCAAUAAUUGGCAUGCUUUGUUUGUGCAAAGGUGCAAAAUUGUAUUUAAAAUACAACUAUUCGAUAUUUUCAGUGUCUCAGUGAAAAAUUUGUAACAUUUAUAAAGAAAUGUUUUAAUCUGCCCGUUGUUCGAAAUUUAAUAAAGGUGAUAUUUUCAUUAUAAGGUGUUAUAGAUAAAAGUGAGAUGAAUUUUGUUGAAUAAUUUUCCACUGAGAGACAUUUUAAUAAGUCUAUCAUCUACCCUCAAAGGGAACUAUUAUAUAAAUGUUUUGUGUGAGAGGAAGUGUUCCCGGUGGGGGGACUUGGGUGACUUAGGCACAGGAGGCCCAAUGCGACACAGUCACCACCUGCACUGCCCCGUUCGAUUAUUGUGUUUGUUGUUUUGCAGAAGAAGGAAACUUAGAUUUUAAAUGUCAUCACGUGAAAGUGAAAAAGACAAAUCAACUAAAUUAUUCUUUAGCCAAGAAUUAACAACCAGUUAUUUUCAUUAUUUUCCCCAGGUGGCGCUGUGAGCGGCAACAAAUUGCUGAAAAUAUAUUACCCUGGUUCCACAGGUGCUGUUCUAUGAAGCACUGUUUUAUUUAUUCACAUAAAAUAUAGAAUGAUUAGUUGUUAAUAGUUGAGAUAGAAACACCGAAUGUUUGUGAGUAUGUUUAGGAGGAAUUUUGAAUUUUAUUUUUCCCUGUUUUGGCUGUUUCAUUUUUCUAACAUAUUCCAAAAAUUGAGUCAUUCUUCCCGUCUAACUCAAUUUAUGGAGUACAAACAUUAGCGCUAUUUCAGUAGCAAUUUUUCUACGGGCUUCAUCAAAAAAAGCAUUUAGGGGAUAAAAAUCGUUACGUCCUUUAAUAGACGUUGGUUAUUGCCAGUGGUUAACAAAACGGUGUUUCUUGAAAAUUUUAUGCGAUUAUUUUUGUGAUGUAUUUUUUCCAACGUGCCAACAUGUUGUCUCGUCAUAGUAUCUGUGAGAGGAUUUUUUUAAACACCAAUGUUAUCCCUUGUGAUAUAUAGCUACGUUUUCACAUUGUUGUUUUGCUUAUAUUUGUCAGCAAAUAUUCUACAUGUCUUGCUCUUUGUUUCAUGAAUACUGCAUUCAUGUCAGAGCAAAGAGUUUAUUUGUGGCUUGACAGCUUGAAAGAAGAGGACAUCAGAACGAACCCUCAAAGUAAAUACCAGGUAAGCGACAAUCUCUAACAAAGUCAGGACAUGAAAAAAUAGAUAUCCAAUAUUCAAGUAAAACAAAUCAAAUCAUUUUCAGUGAGCCGUUAUAGCCAAACCAAUCAUUUAUCUUUAACCCUUUCUGCGGGGAUCAUUUAAUUUUGACAUGGCGAAAAAUUCAUACAGAUUGUAGUUAACAUCGUCACCGAUAGAUGGCGCUUUUUCUAUUUGUGAAAAGUAUGUUUUUGUAAAAAUAUUUUGAUAUUCUUCCUUUAUUAAACUAAAAAGUAUGCUUCCAAUGAAAAACAAAAUCUAAGUAAGAAAGAGUUUUUUUUUUUUCAAUCACCACUGAAACAAAUAUGUAAAAAUUAAUUUAUAGGUGAAAAUUUAGGUUGAAUUAAAAGAAGGCAUUUAUAUAUACGGAGCUUGAUUAAAUUCUUUUUAUUAUUAAUAAUACAGUGAUUUAUCACAUACUACCGAUAUUUGUAAAAUAAGCACUGUAUUUUGCAAACCACUGGCCGUCCGAAUUAAAUAAAGCUGUAUGGUUGUUCUGGUUAUUACUCGCUUGCUUUAAUAUUAAACCGCUCUCUUAACUUUUUAUGCUCCUCUCUUAAAUAAAUAAGUAUUUUUGGAGAAAUAAUAUAAGGGACUAAAGCAAAAAAACUUUUUGUUAAAAACCUUUUUAUUUUCUCAAAGUUAGGGUGGUCCUUUUCAAGAGAGCAUAUUUUCAUACUAUCUUUAAAAAUGUGUAUUUUGUUCGCAUAACAUAGAAGAAAGACAUUACUUUGUUACACCGAUGGGCAAGCACAAUGUACAAAAAACAAACACAGUCUUGUACAGUGCAUACUGUAGAUAGUUCUUGUACUGGUCAAAGUUAAACAAAAUUAUAAGCAAACCAACAAAAGCUACUAUUCAGAAAAUUGAUGCGUGCGACUUUUUCAAACUCUGAAAACAAAAAUGUAUAUCUGUUUUAUUAAUAUCAUGCGAAUCAACUUUAAUACAAAAACGCGUUUUCAUAAUUUCUGUUACAAAAGUUAUUUUAAUUUUCAUUAGGAAACAUAAAACUGAGUCUGCCUGUAACAGAAUCGGGCGGCAGCAGAAGUUUCUCAAAAUUUCUCAAAAUUUAAGAAACUACGGGGCGAAGUUGCGUUUCUCAAAUACUUUAAUGAAGGUAGUUCAAAUAACUAAAUUAUCUAGCUCCUAAAAUUCACGCGGCUUUUAUUAAUAGUGUUCAUUAUUUUUCAUUUUAUAGAAUAAAAAUCUAAAUGAUUAAUUUGAAUGAUUAUUAAUACAACAAGUGUUAACAUUUUAGAUAAUGAUUCAAACAUUUAACAUUUUAUUCCAUAAUCUUUAAGUGAAACGUAAUUUUUGGAGUAGGGGAGAGUGGGGUCAAUUGUAACAUUUUUUACUUAACUAUUUUUAACUAACCAAAAAUCCAAUAUAUUAUUAGUAUUAAUUGACAGACGAGUAAAGUA